GGACACAACGUCACAGGCAGGGGCCGCCAUUUUGACUGAGCAACCCUAGUGACAGGAGCUGAAGCAGCAGCGCAGGUUGUCCCCGUUUCCCCUCCCCCUUCCCUUCUCCGGUUGACUUCCCGGGCCCCCUACACUCCACAGUCCUGGUCCCGCCAUGUCCCAGAAACAAGAAGAGGAGAACCCUGCGGAGGAGACCGGCGAGGAGAAGCAGGACACACAGGAGAAAGAAGGUAUUCUCCCUGAGAGAGCCGAGGAGGCAAAGCUAAAGGCCAAAUAUCCAAGCCUAGGACAAAAGCCUGGAGGCUCAGACUUCCUCAUGAAGAGACUCCAGAAAGGGCAAAAGUACUUUGACUCAGGAGACUACAACAUGGCCAAAGCCAAGAUGAAGAAUAAGCAGCUGCCAAGUGCAGGACCAGACAAGAACCUCGUGACUGGUGACCACAUCCCCACCCCACAGGAUCUUCCCCAGAGAAAGUCCUCACUCGUCACCAGCAAGCUUGCGGGUGGCCAAGUUGAAUGAUGUUGCUCGGGGCUCCGCCAGAUCCUGAGACGCUGCCCUCCUGGGUCCUGUGCUGGCUCCUGCCCCUCCCUGCUUUUGCAGCCAGGGGUCAGGAGGUGGCUCGGGUGCGGGCUGGAGAGGCAGAAGCCCCUGCCCGUCGGUGUCCCAGCGCAUGGAGCCCCUUGGGCUGAGCACCAAGACCCUGAACCUUUUUUGUUUUACCUUUUUCCAAAUAACUGUUGGGAGAAAUCUCAGUGAAAUCCUGGAGGGGAUGGGAGGGGGUGGGGGGUUGUGGGUGUGGUGUUUAAGAGGGUGGGGUGGGAAAUUUGUGGGGGAUAUGAAAUAGGGCUUGGAGUUGAUAAAAACAUUCCUGACUAUCCUUCCUAACCAUGUGGCUGGUGUGGGAUGGGUGUGAGGGGGAGGAAUGGCAUAGACUCCAGAUGAGGAGUUCUAAUUCAGCUCUGUAGAAAAAUGCCUUGUUUGCUUGGAUGUGGCUGGGGAUCUGGUGUCAGAUUUAAAAAAAAAAAAAACUGUCCAUCUAUAUAUGACAGAUGGAAACAGCUCCUCUGGUUCUGCAGAGCAAGCUGAGAACACAGUUAAUGUUAAUUGCUCACUGAAAAAAGUGCUGUCCUUGAAAUAGAUUUGCUGUGGGGAGAAGGGCAGUGAAUGUGGGGAAAGGGGGCCAUGAGCGUGGGGAGACCCACAGAGCCCAGGAGACUUUUUCAGUAUUUGAAAUAAAAAAAAAAAGAAAAAA